CAGGGGUGAAGCCCGGCCCAGUGACACGUUAAGCGCCUGUGCCGUAGAUAGCGCUCACUUCGAUGACCGCCAUGAGGAGUGAACAUCCGGAUUGCAGCUAGUUUUUCUUUUCUUUUUUUUUCUUUCUUUUGCUAACAAACCCUCAGUACUUUACAGUUAAACGAAGACGAACGCAUCCACAAUGUUCCCAAUGUCCAGAAACGUACCGGUUGCAGCUGGAAGCUGUUUACUUGUUCCUCAAAAUGGAGUCACGGGCUGUCGGAAGGUCGCCAGUUACUCGUUCACGGGAAACCACAACGAACCGAGCAAGCGGCCCGGGAGCCUGGGCUCGUCCGGCGGGUUCGCCGCCAGGGCCUUUCAGGAUACCGACGACGAGAUCGACGAGGGCUCGCUGCCGUGCACCCCGGAGCAGACGCCGGACGGGGUCCUGGACGGGGUCCUGGACGGGGUUCUGGGCGCGUCGGGCUGCGCGGCGGCGGACGGCGCGGCGCUGGACUCCGACACAGCGGAGCUGAUCUUCCAGGUGCUGCAGGACUACACGGGGCUGUCCAGGCCGCGGAGGACGCACAGCAAGGCGCUGCCCACCAUGAUGAGGGUCGUGCGAGGCGUCGUGGAGAAACACAGAUACGUUUAUAAAGGUUUCAUCAACAAGCUCUCCCAAAACGACCAAGGGGACGACGUGAGCUUCGUCAGCACCGUGGCCCAGAGCCUGUUCGCCGACGGCGUCACGAACUGGGGCCGCAUCGCCAGCCUCGUGGCGUUCGGGGCGGUGGUGUGUCAGCACCUGAAGGAGCAGCAGCGGGAGCACUGCGUGGAGCUGGUGGGGCAGGAGAUCUCCACGUACCUGCUGUCACAGCAGAGGGACUGGCUGUUAAAAAACAACUCGUGGGAUGGUUUCAUGGACUUCUUCCGGGUAUCGGACCCAGAAACGACGGUGAUGAAGUCGCUCAUGGCGUUUGCUGGAUUUGCUGGUAUUGGGGCAACGUUGGCCUUGUUUAUCAGGUGAAUUUGGACUUUUAAGACGACCCUUGGUGGGUUUGGACCCAGCUUCCUUUGGACUUUUUCAGUUCCCUACGCUCCACUGGCCCCUCUCUCCGUCUCUCACAUGACAUGUAAAUUUAUGUAUUUAAUGAUAGAAUAUAUUUUUAUAUGAAAUGUAAUGUGGGGGAAAAUCCAUUCAAUUAGUACAGAUUCUUUAUUUUGCUUCAUUUUUUUUUUUUUUUUUUGGCUCCAGCUUUUUUUUUUGGUUUACCUGAGACACAAUCCCUUCACUGUACUGUUGACUGUAAUUAAGCCAAAGCAUGAAGGGAAAGUGUUUUUCCAUGAAGGCGAUUUUCAUGUGUCCUUCAUAAUCCUGGAUCUUUUUAUAUGGCUAGUUAUGCACCUAGAGGGAGGUGGGGGAGUAUUUGCAUGAGCCGAAGCUCAGCUUCCUUGUUAUACAAGGAAACCCAAUCAGCAGGAGAAACCACACGCAACAGUGACUUUAAAGCAGCCUGGAAAAUAGGAGUCUGCCAAAAGAAGGACUGGAACUUGGAGACCUGCAGCAAACUCGUCUUGUUCUACACAGAACACUGGCAGACAGUGAUUAAAAGAGGCAAACGAGGUGUAAGCUAGCAAGCUUUCACAGACAAAAAAAAUAAAAGUGAAUAAUCUAAGUGA